UGUUCCCCUGCCAAGAGGGAGAAGAGGGAGGAGGAUAAAUAUAAAAGUGCGAGAGAGCAGACGAUUUCCUCCAGAAGCCAGUGAGACCCUGUAGCGUCGAGACACGUUUUGGGAAUACCCGUAGAAGGAAAAGAUGGGUGACAUCGAGAAGGGCAAGAAGAUCUUCGUGCAGAGGUGCGCGCAGUGCCACACGGUGGAGGCCGGAGGCAAGCACAAGACGGGCCCCAACCUCCACGGCCUCUUCGGCCGCCAGACGGGCCAGGCAGCCGGCUACGUCUACACAGACGCCAACAAGUCCAAGGGCAUCACCUGGGGCGCCGACACCCUCGACGUAUACCUGACCAAUCCCAAGAAGUACAUCCCCGGCACCAAGAUGGUGUUCGCCGGCCUCAAGAAGAAGGGCGAGCGGGCGGACCUGAUCGCCUACCUCGAGGACUCCACCAAGUAAACGAGGCGCUUUGCGAGAGACUAAACAGAAGCUGAUAAAUACAAGACAAAGAAAACUGGACCGACGAAAGCGGCUCCGGUGCGCGAUGACUGUCAUGCACGCGGAACCCAUCUAUACACAUAUAUAUAAAUACAAGAAUCACUCUCUUUAGUCUUAGUCGCUGGACCAAAUUCAGCCGCCUGCUCCUCCGUCAGCUGAGUAGGGGCAGGCAGCGACACUUUCUCCGGAGUUCUCGGACGGCCAUCACUUACCCUUGGACGAGCUGAUCUCCUCUCCUCGAGGAACUACCAUAUCCUCCGGACGUCAGAAUCGAAGAGGAAAGACACCGAAGGACGAGACGAAGGAUAAAGAGAAAGGAAGAGAGAAGAGGAGACGACAAAGGAGGGAAUGAGGAGAAACGACGCGAGUGGGAGACCAGCUCAACGUCCAGGUGUGUGUAUGCAGCUCCUCUGAGGCUCGCUUGCAUUUCAUCAUCACUUGUGUAUAAUUCAUGUUAAACUUCAUGUAUUGUUAUCUUCAUCUUACCCGGGUGAGAAAUGACAUAGUGUGUUAAUAAACUGUAUAUUUAG